AUUAUACGUAUAUAUAUAAAAUAUUCAUUUCGUGAAUUAAUGUAGAUAUUUUAAUCCGAGAAAUCAUGAUAAAUUACUAACACUCAAUGGAAGCUUCAUAUAACACAGAGAAACUUUCAACAACUUCGUCUGGAUAUGCAUCUAGUCAACAGAAAGCUAGACGUUUAAAAAUACUACAUGAACUUGAAGAUCGUAAACUUCAACUGAAUCAUGAUCGGCUAGCUAAAGCACAAAAUAAAGUUUGCCGACAACUUGAUUUUCAACGUUUACAAUUCACUCGAAGAUUUUCAGAAACAAGUUUUAAUCCUUCUUUAUUAGAAGAAUUAUCACCGAAAUUAUCAACAGUUGAAAGUACCACUUCAGAUAUCAAGAGAAUAAGGCAAAGAAAACAGAAUUCUUUCAGUAUUGAAGGUUAUAAUCCUCCUGCACCUCCUCGUCGUCGUCUACGUUCUCAUGAAGAUCUAGAAAAAGAUAGUUUAGACUAUCCUUUUUGGUUGAGAUUACGUUCUCUAGGUGUCCCUUCCGAUGAAGAUACAUUCCUUGCAGCAUUGGCAUGCAAAAAUAUGAACAUCAAUGAGAAACACAAACUAGACUGUGAUGAUGUAUUUGAACCUGUACCUCAUGUAACCGAUGGAAGUCGAACCUCAAGAGGAAAUCAAAUCGACUCGAGUACACAACGUUCUUCCAGUGUCACAGGAGUAUAUGAAGCAUCUGAGAAACUAUUGAGUGCAAAAGCUUUGAAACGUUCUGCUAGUUUAGAAAAUAAAAAGCCCGACUGGUUACUGGCACUGUGUCAAAUGAAACGAGAGAAACUGUCUCGUCUUAAUUGUAAUACUCAAGAGGAAAUAGCUGCCCUGGUUAGUGGUAAUAAAUUCUAUGAUUCUAAACGAUGUCAUGUAUUCAAUGUGAAAUAUCGACCACGGAACUAUCGUCUUAUUAAAUCGCACAGACAUACUGUUGUCGGCAUGACAAAUGAAUUUACACAAAUAUAAAUUGCGAUGAAAACAAACGUCAUUUUUAAGAACUGUGCUUUUCUUUUGUGACGACAAGUGUGUGUAUGUCUUCACUUUCUUGUAGUAUUUUUGAUAUAUACGUAUACAUGGUAGUGAGUUUCCAUUUUUGCUUUUCAUCUGUGUUACACAUGUAUGAUGUAAUCUGAAUUUCAACCUUUAUG